UCCACCAGACGGAGCCAUACCAUACUGACAAUAAUUAUUGAUCCUAUAAUACACAAUACAGUUCAUUCAGUUCAUCAAAUAUCAUAAUUGUGUGUGAGGAUCGUCAUUUAGUUUAAUAUAUAAUAAAUAAUUUCAGUAGACCUGCCAUUAUAUAAAUUUUAUUGAAGGGUUGCAUAUUUCCCUACUACAAAGUAGGAGAGGGCUUUGAUGCUUUUGGUUUGUACAUUCAGAAUUUUGCUCUUUUGGCGAUCGCACUUUGCAUGUAAUUGAAAAGGUCUUUCACAGUUCUGGUAGACUUGAUGUCGAGGAUCUGGGGUGAAUCAUGUCCAGAACAUUUGAGGUAGGAUAACCAAGGCUUUAAGUAUUUCAUUCUCUCAGAUAUGUAGAAAGGACAUCGGAACAGAAUAUGGCGUAGUUGAGUCAGUAAGCGCUUUUGGGGGAUUGAAAGGUUUUGGGUGAGAUGGAAGGCGAUGUGUUCUUCAAUAGUACGAUGGAUUCUGAAGAGGAGAGGUGGCACGUGGUCUUAUUGGGACGAUAGCCAAUGAAGAAAAAAAAACCCAGAAAAGGAUAGUAAAUGAAAUUGAUCCGCAUUUAAACUCCAAACUAUGAAAAAGUAUCCUUAUGAGAUGUUGAGAUUGACAUCAUUUAAGCAAAUGUAGUACAUACUAAUAUAAAGACAACAGAAUCUACUAAAAUAGUUUGAUUUACUAUUACCAGAUGUCAUAUCCUAAAUGUAUAUAUUAAUCAGUAUCCAAAAAGACUUGAUAACUCAUUUUGAAAUAGAUAAAUAGAAUGGAUCUUAGAGUAUUAAAUAUAUUUCGUCAACAGCGAUUGAUAGCUGACGAAAUAUAUGAAGACAUUCGUAAGAAAGUUAUACUCGGAACUGAGAGUGUCAAUACGAGAGUACUAUCGCAAUCGGAGGGUGAUCAAAGACCAACAAUUUUACAUUGUGCUAUCGAUUAUAAUGACGAUGAUUUUAUUGACUAUCUAUUAAAUAAAGAAAACAUUCAAGUCAACCUUAGCAUCAGACACUACGGUACAGCUCUUCACCAUGCUAUUGAUAAAGAUUCAAUGUUUUGCAUCUAACUUUACUAUUUUUCAUCCUGACAGAGGAUCUCUACUUACUGAAAUAAUUUUUCCAUUACGUCCAAUUUAAAUCGACCGCUCAACUACGCCAGCGCCAAAACAUCAACCAGGACGUAACACCUUGAUGGACAAUUUUUUCAACCUGAUUUUGAGAGUGUAACUGAUGACAAUAUUCCAGCUCAAUGUCAGUUGUGUACAACAAAAAAAAUGAUUCGAGGAUCUAUGAAAGCUCCAUCUAAUUAUACCAAGCAUAUAAAAAGGUGUCACCCAAAUGAUUACAACAAAUAUGUUGAUUAUAAAAAUGAAAAAAAAAGAAAAAAUUCUGAAUUAACUGCAUCUGAAAAUACAACUACCAAAAAUGUUCAAACUCGAUUUGAAAAUAACGUUGCAUCGUUAUUUUUGGCCACUUCUGCUCCUUUUUCUUUGGUGGAACAAUCAGAAUUUAGAAACAUUUUCAAAGAUUUACCUUUGAAAAAAGGUAUAGAAUUGAAACCUAUAUCGAGACGUACUGUUUGUCGAAGAGUGGAUCAAGUAUAUGAUCAUAAUAAAAAUAUGAUUAAAAAUAUUAUAAAAAAUCAUGAUUAUGUUUCUACCUCUGUUGAUAUAUGGAGUAAUAGCAGUUAUCGCUUUAUUGGGCUUUGUGUAAAUUGGAUCGAUGUUAAAACUUUUCAACCAUGUGUUGCUGCAUUAGCAUGCAGCAGGCUUCAGGGGACUCAUUCUUUUGACAGAAUAGCCCAAAAAAUAAGAGAGAUUCAUGACGAUUACGGAAUAUCUAGAUCUAAAAUAGUAGCAACAGUAACUGAUAAUGCAAAAAAUCUAAUCAAAGCCUUUAAAGAACAUGGUGUCGGUUAUCCGGAAAUUACUGAAUCUGAAGAAACAUCAAAUAUUGAAGAAAGCAGUGAAGAUGAGUACGAUAGCUCUGAUUCUAAUUUAUCAACACUAGAAAAUUCCGUGGAAUCUGAUCAAUGUGAACCUAUCGAAGCUGAUGAUCUGCAUAAAUUCCUUCCAAAUCAUUUUAGGUGUGCAAGCCACACGUUGAAUUUAUUAGCAACUACUGAUGUUAUAAAUUCUAUAAAAAAUGUAAAAAAAUUACACGCUAUGCAUAACGAAACAAUAAAAAGAUGUAACGCAUUUUGGAAAUUGAUGGGUACACCAAAACAAAAAGAAAAAGUCAUUGAUAUUGCUGGAUGUGCUUUUCGACGGCCAACAGUCGUACGAUGGAAUUCAUUAUAUGAUUCUCUAACCCAAAUUGUAGCUAUGAAAACAAAAGUAGUUGAAGUUAUUGAAAAAUUAGAAAUAGAUAUGUCAUUACGAGAAGUUGAUUUUCAGUACAUAGAAGAAUAUUUAAUUUGUUUGAAACCCGUUGCUGAUACUCUUGAUAAACUGCAGGGAAAUGUUACCUAUGGUUACUUAUUGCCAAGCUUGAUAUCACUCCGUAAUAAUUUGAGUUUGGUAUCGAGCAAUCGCCUAAAAUAUUGCAAACCUAUUGUAAAAGGACUCCGUGAAAACUUGACAUCGAGGUUUAAACAAUUUUUCGAAAUCGAACGAGAAGGAGAAAUCGCAGCAGUUGCUGCAGUUGUGCAUCCAGAAUUUAAAGGAGUUUGGCUGUCUUGUUUUGAAAUUGCCAAGCAAAAAAUAAUCAAGAAACUAGUUCUAAAUGCAAUGACUGAUGAAAAUAAAAUUAACGUACCAGCUCAACCUAUGGUGGUUGAUAAAUUUUUCAACUUUGGGCCGUCUACAGCAGAAUCUAAUCCGGUGAAUAUGAUGUUUGAAAAAACGACUCCAAAAAUUGAACUAGUAAAUUACUUAAGAGACGCUAACACUGAUAUGACCGUAUUGAACUCAUACCCUUUAAUUCGUGAUGUUUUUAUAAAAUUUAAUAACCAACACCAUCUUCAGCGUCUGUCGAGAGAUUAUUUAAUCGCGCAAAAAUGACUGACUUACCGCAAUAUAAUCUUUUAUCAAAUACUAAAUUUGAAAAAAGAGUUAUAGGAAGAGCUAACGCCAAAUUUCUUACGUUUUGAAAAAAUAAAAAUUAUUG